AGCAGCGUGCCUUCUUCGCCGUUGACCGAAUUUUCCAACUCGCCCAGUCCGCCGCCCGAGAUGCGCUUCUCGUCGCGUCGCAGCCCCGGCCCAUAUCCUUCACCACCCGCGUCACAACAAACAUCACAGAGCGGCUCGCCGGUUCCAGAUGGCAUGGACUCCAAGACCUCAUCAGACCGCGAGGAUCGUCCUGCUAAGCGCCGGAGAAUCACGUUGGAGAAGGAGCGGACUACAGAAUAUCUGGAUCUACGCGCCCGUACUGUUGAUGUCGAACAACAAGCACAACUAGACCGCCUGCUCAAUGUCCUACACAAGCGCCAGAAGAUUGUCGUAAUUGCCGGCGCUGGCAUGUCUGUUUCCGCAGGCAUCCCUGAUUUUCGCUCGUCGCAAGGUCUAUUUCGAAGUCUAAAGGAAGAAUACAACCUCAAAGGCUCUGGCAAGCAUCUCUUCGACGCGUCUGUAUACAAAGAUGACGUGUCGACAUCGUCUUUCCACGACAUGGUCAGCACAAUGUCACGUCUUACCAAGGAUGCCAAGCCAACUGCCUUUCACCAUAUGUUAGCAACCAUUGCCCAGGAGGAUCGUUUGCUUCGACUGUACUCACAAAAUGUGGAUGGCAUUGACACCUCCAUGGACCCAUUGAAGACAUCUGUACCACUAAAGAAGAAUGACGAGAAUAAAUGGCCGCGCACUGUUCAGCUGCACGGUGGACUGGAUUACAUGGUAUGCUCGAAAUGCCACGAGCUCUCCGAUCUGGACCCCAGUCUCUUUGACGGACCUGUACCACCGUUAUGUUCGAGGUGUGAGGAAAUUAAUGAUAUCCGCACGAACCAUGAGGGCAAACGAAGUCAUGGUAUUGGCAGAUUGCGACCGCGAAUGGUCUUGUACAACGAACACAACCCAGAUGACGAGGCUAUUGGCGCAGUGACGAAGGACGACUUGCGCAAAAGGCCUGAUGCUGUAAUUGUUGUUGGGACUACCCUGAAGGUGCCAGGAGUAAGAAGAAUUGUUCGCGAAAUGUGUGCUACCGUACGCGACCGGAGAGGCGGCGUCGCAAUUUGGAUCAACAGUGACCCUCCGCCUAUUGCCAAGGAUCUCGAGGACUGCUGGGAUAUUAUUGUGCGAGGCCCAUGUGAUGAGGUUGCCCGACACGCGGCGAUGCGCAAGUGGGAU